UCCUUCCCUUAUCCGCCACCCAAAUCCGGCGAACCGCCCGGCCGCGCCACCCAAUCCCCUCCUCAAAUAACCACCGGCGCCCGCGGCAGCCACCCCUCUCGCCCGAGGGAAAUAACAAACCCGCACGCCACCGCGCGGCCGGCCACCGCCGCACGAACGAACCUGCCGGAAGCGCCAGCGGGAAAAACGGGCGGGAUCCUCACCGCCCCGCGGGCCGCCGCGGCGCCGGCGGCAAUGGAGGUCGCCUCCUCGUCCUCCUCCCCGUCGCCGCCGCCGGCCUCCUCCAAGCUGGCGCUCCGGCUCAACCCCGCGGCUGUCCUCCUCCGCCGCCUCCCCACCACGACCCCGACCACCGCGAGCCCCGUCACCGCGUCGGCGUCCCCCGCGCGGGCCGGCGGCGGCGCGUACAACCCGCUCGCCGCCUUCCUCUCCUCCCUCAUCCCCUGGCGCGAGCAGCGGCCGCCGAAGCAACAGCUGGACCACCCCGCCGCAUCCGCCACGGCCUCGGCCGCCGCGGCGCGGAGGGCGGCCAAGGCGGCGGCCGAGGAGGAGGCCGCGGCGCGGCAGCUGGUGGGGUGCGCGGUGCCGCUGUUCCGGCCGUACGUGGCGCAGCUGCCGUGGCACGGCGGCGCGCGGGCGUGGCUGUCCAAGCUCUUCCCGCGCUACGGCCACUACUGCGGGCCCAACUGGUCCAGCGGCAAGGAGGCCGGCUCCGUGCUCUGGGACCGCCGCCCCGUCGACCACCUCGACUUCUGCUGCUACUGCCACGACAUGGCCUACGACACCCACGACCAGGCCCAGCUCCUCCGCGCCGACCUCGCCUUCCUCCGCUGCCUCGAGGGCAGCCGCCAGACCCCCGCACGCGACGGCAUCGCCGCCGCCGUCAUCUACCGCGCCAUGUGCAUCUUCGGACUGAAGACGAUCCUGAUCCCGUACCGGACCAACCUCGUGCGGCUGCAGACCGGGCCGAAUUACGCCGAUUUCUUCGCCGAUUUCGUUAAGAGGGUGGCGUCGUCGUCGGGCAGGCCGACCGGCGGCGAGAAGCAGAGAUUGUGAACGGAUUUGCUCGCUUCAUUGUAGAUUUUUUUAGAUUAAGCGUUUGAUAGUAGAUGGCGCCCAAUUAAUUCAUUGGGGAAUGAGAUCGUAGUAGUUCCAUAGCUUGGGUUGAUCUAAUCCAAUAUGACGUUGCGUUACCCACUUACCCUGCCUAAUUAGUUUAUUGUAGUUGUAGCAACUGAUCUGAAAGUUGGGAUUCCUACUAUGAAUGUAGGUGUUUAUAACUUUAUAUAGCAUACAACGCGAUCGUAGCAAAUAUUUGCUGCCCUUGGUUGAUAA